GAGGGAGGCGGGUUGACGCCGCUUCCAGCCGCGACCGGCGCCAUGAAGCUCAACGUGGACGGGCUGCUGGUCUACUUCCCGUACGAUUACAUCUACCCGGAGCAGUUCUCCUACAUGCUGGAGCUCAAGCGCACGCUCGACGCCAAGGGUCAUGGAGUUCUGGAGAUGCCCUCAGGAACUGGGAAGACAGUGUCCCUGUUGGCCCUGAUCAUGGCAUAUCAGCGGGCGUACCCGCUGGAGGUGACUAAAAACCUGUGCAUCCACCCUGAGGUAACACCCCUGCGCUUUGGGAAGGAUGUCGAUGGAAAAUGCCACAGCCUCACAGCCUCCUACGUGCGGGCGCAGUACCAGCGGGACCCCAGCCUGCCCCACUGCCGCUUUUACGAGGAAUUUGAUAUUCAUGGGCGCCAGGUGCCCCUCCCUGCUGGCAUCUACAACCUGGAUGACCUGAAGGCCGUGGGGCGGCGCCAGGGCUGGUGCCCAUACUUCCUUGCCCGGUACUCGAUCCUGCACGCCAACGUGGUGGUCUACAGCUACCACUACCUCCUGGACCCCAAGAUUGCAGACCUGGUGUCCAAGGAGCUGGCCCGCAAGGCCGUUGUGGUCUUCGACGAGGCCCACAACAUUGACAAUGUCUGCAUCGACUCCAUGAGCGUCAACCUCACCCGCCGGACCCUGGACAGAUGCCAGGGCAACCUGGAGACCCUGCAGAAGACAGUGCUCAGGGGCUCCAUCCGCACGGCCGAGCACUUCCUGGGCUCCCUGCGGCGGCUGCUGGAGUACGUCAAGUGGCGGCUGCGCGUGCAGCACGUGGUGCAGGAGAGCCCCCCCGCCUUCCUGAGCGGCCUAUGUCAGGCACGCUGUUUGCAGAGGCUCCCCACCAGGUUCUGCGCUGAACGCCUCCGCUCCCUCCUGCACACCUUGGAGAUCGCGGACCUCGCGGACUUCUCCCCGCUCACGCUCCUGGCUAACUUUGCCACCUUAGUCAGCACCUACGCCAAGGGUUUCACCAUCAUCAUCGAGCCCUUUGACGACAGGACCCCAACCAUUACCAACCCCAUCCUGCACUUCAGCUGCAUGGACGCCUCGCUGGCCAUCAAACCCGUCUUCGAGCGCUUCCAGUCUGUCAUCAUCACAUCCGGGACGCUGUCCCCACUGGACAUCUACCCCAAGAUCCUGGACUUCCACCCUGUCACCAUGGCAACCUUCACCAUGACACUGGCCCGCGUCUGCCUGUGCCCCAUGAUCAUCGGCCGUGGCAACGAUCAGGUGGCCAUCAGCUCCAAAUUCGAGACCCGGGAAGAUAUUGCGGUGAUCCGGAACUACGGGAACCUCCUGCUGGAGAUGUCUGCCGUGGUCCCCGAUGGCAUUGUGGCCUUCUUCACCAGCUACCAGUACAUGGAGAGCACCGUGGCCUCCUGGUACGAGCAGGGCAUCCUCGAGAACAUCCAGAGGAACAAGCUGCUCUUCAUUGAGACCCAAGACGGGGCUGAGACCAGCGUGGCCCUGGAGAAGUACCAGGAGGCCUGCGAGAACGGCCGUGGGGCCAUCCUGCUCUCAGUGGCUCGUGGCAAAGUGUCUGAGGGAAUCGACUUUGUGCACCACUUCGGGCGGGCCGUCAUCAUGUUUGGCGUCCCCUACGUCUACACGCAGAGCCGCAUCCUCAAGGCCCGGCUGGAAUACCUGCGGGACCAGUUCCAGAUCCGAGAGAACGACUUCCUCACCUUCGACGCCAUGCGCCACGCGGCCCAGUGUGUGGGCCGGGCCAUCAGGGGCAAGACCGACUACGGCCUCAUGGUCUUCGCUGACAAGCGGUUUGCCCGGGCGGACAAGCGGGGGAAGCUGCCUCGCUGGAUCCAGGAGCACCUCACGGACGCCAACCUCAACCUGACCGUGGACGAGGGGGUCCAGGUGGCCAAGUACUUCCUGAGGCAGAUGGCACAGCCGUUCCACAGGGAGGAUCAGCUGGGCCUGUCCCUGCUGAGCCUGGAGCAGCUGGAGUCCGAGGAGACGCUGCGGAGGAUCGAGCAGAUUGCACAGCAGCUGUAGGCGAGGUGGGGCAGGGCCAUAAAAGGAGUUCCUGCGA